CGCCUUUGUGUGGGAAAGCCCCCAAUGGGGGAGAGGCUCGCGUUUCUGCCUGCCAGUAGCCCGAGCCCGCUCGCCUGCCCGGCCGCCCGCCCUGGCACUGUUGGGGAGACGGCGAAGCAGCAGCAGCCUCCCCCUCUCCCGCCCUCGUUCGGAUGGCAGUCACGUCCGCCGCUGGGAGCGACGCUGGGGCUCCACCGAGCGAGGAGGGAGCAGACGUCAAAACGGCCUUAUGAAUAUUGAUGCGGAGGCUAGGCUGCUUUCGUAAAGGAGCAGAAGGAAGCAAGAUGGCUGCCCUUUAGGAUUGGUUAGCAGGAAGAGCAGAUUGCUUCGGCUGGAUUCGGCGAGGCGGAGGGGACUGCUGGAAAGAGAUACAAUAGGAGGGCAGCCUUGUGGAUGGCCCCAGAGUAGGCCAGAUGGAACAGGAUAGAACCAACCAUGUUGAAGGCAGUAGUUUGAGCCCAUUUCUAAUACCACAUCCUUCUCAUGUUUGCCAGGGAGAGCCUUUGUCAGUGAAGCUACAGAAUGGGAGCCCACCUGCAGAGAAGGGCCAGGUUGAAGUCAAUGGUGACCACACAUGGCUGCAUUUCAAGGCCAACUAUGGAAUGAGGCACGCCGUAAGAGGAAAUGCAAACAACAGAAUAAGCCCAGACCUCCUGCAAGAAAAGAGAGACUGUGGCAGGUAUAUGCAAAAUGGUGGGAUAAAACGCACUUUCAGCGAGCCUUCUCUGUACGGGCUUCACCAGAACAAAAAGCUUAGACAAGAUGAAGAAGCAAAAGGAGGGAAAGAAACCUCUUUGGGUGGCAGUGAUCAACCGAGUGUUCCCAAUUCAUGCAGUGAGGAGGACUUGGUGGGUUUUAGAAUGGAAGAAGACGCAGCUUCAGUUCUCAGGCAGUCCUCCAAAAACAACCGUGGUGCUUCAGAAACUCCUCCUGCUCCCCAGGUUCAGAAUGAACAGGAGAGUGAAAGCAUGAAUUGCCACAACAGGGACAUUGCCUCGCUCUACAAGUGCAAGGCGGUGUCAAUACCUAAUGGUGCUAUAGUUUCUGCCUCUUCUGUGGAAAACAUGCAUGGUGAACUCCUUGAGAAAACGCUGUCUCAGUAUAAUCCAGAUCAUGUGUCCAUUGCAAUGCAGAAAAACACAUCUCUUACAAAUGCCAUAAACACACAGGCUACUAAUGAAUCGACUUGUGGCACACCACAUUCAUCCCAUACCUCAGGGCAGAUCAACUCCCCACAAACCUCAAACUCUGAGCUGCCUCAGGUGCUAGAUCAGUCUGUGGCCACUGAAGUCCACAGCACAGAAGACGCCAGUAAGAUAUCCCUAUUGCCAGCCUGCUACACUUUUCAGAAACCAGAACCACAAUUGGAGCAGCAAAAAUCUGAAAAUGCAUGCCAGUCCCCUACAGAGAAUACUGAUGUUUCAGGAAACAUGGGGCAGGUUCCCAGUCGAGAUUUCUCACUACCCAGUCAAGAUUUCUCACUAAAUCCCAACAGCAAUACGAAAGCUCAUAACAAUAGCUCAGAGAGACCAGCAGAGCCAGCAGAGGAAAAUGGUGCUUUGUUCCAACAAGACUCCAUGUUCAAGAAGAGUUAUUUCAGCCCACCUCCUGUUGCAGCUUCUUCUGCUCUUCCAGAAAUGAACAGCAUUCUUUCCAUGAGUGUUUCAGAAGUGCAUAGCCAUUAUGAGACCCAAAGUCAAGAGACUCAUUUGAAGAAAGAGAAGAAUGGAGAGCAGCAACAGCAGCAGGGGGAGCUUGCAGCACAAAUUCCUGGCCUUUGCCAGCAAGCACUUAGUUCUCAACAGGGUCUUCAACAAGAGGUUCAGGUUUCACAACAGACUGGCAAUGAAACAAGAGAUCUGAUGCUUUCUGCAAGGGCACCAGGCACCAGGCAACAAUAUCCUGAUGAACUGCAGUCAAAACUGGAGCCGCAGGUUCAAGACACAGAAAUAGUAGGAAGCAGGAAAGAGCUGCAACAACAUUAUCAACAUCUCCUGGGCCAAAUUAACCAGGAGACCGUAACUAGCAAUGAAGAAGACUUGGUGAAAAAUCAGGUGCAUCAGUCACACCCUCACUUGCAAACAUCUUGGACAGGAAUAUCUUCCCCUCACUUUCGCCCCAGUGAGUCUCCCCAAAAAUCAAAUGAGGUGCUCUUAAGGACAAUGCUUCAGCUUCAGUCAAAUUCAGCUGAUCAGAUCCAUCCAAAACAAUAUCCCGGGAGCCCCAAUGCAUCAAAGGAGGUUACAGGGCAAACUUGCUACCAGAACAUCACACAAUGUGAGCAGAUACCAGCACUGUACAAAGGUGAGGCAACACAGCUGCCACCUCAUCUUACAGCUGAGAAGCAAAUGCAAUUCCAAAAGCACUCACCGCAGCCUACAAAUAUGGAUACUCUGCUAAAACCCCACGAACAGCAGCAAAAUGCAAAGCACUUCCACUUCCAGCCGCAAGCUGAACACCACACUGAACAGUCCCUAGAGGCACAGAUAAAGCCACAGCACUUAAAUCUUCCACCAUUGGAAAAUGAACAGUUCCUCCGUUCACAUAUAUUGCAACAGAUGCUCCAGACCCAGCCAACGCAGUUGCCACACAGUCCACAGCUAACAAUGGGCUCCCAGCAGCAAUCGCUGCAAAUGAAGAGCAGAGAACUUCCCCAGACCUUUCCUCAUUCCCAAAGCAGACAAGAGCAGCAACUAGAAGGGGCGUCUUUCAGCCAGCUGAAAUUGGAAGAAUGUUUUGAAACUGCAAACAAUUACUUCAAGUCAGCUGACUUCCCAAUGCAAAACUCCCAGGUCAGGCCAGGUCCAGUGUCUGAUAUGAACAGUAAAGAUUCCCUUUACAAUCAUGCUUUUAAAGCAAAUACUGUUAUGAAGCAUUCCUACCUGAACAACAUGCACUUAGCCUCUGAGAAAAAAGAAAACCCUAUGAACACCGAGCUCUUUGCAGAAAACGUAACUCAUGACUUGCAGCAUAUGCAAUAUUACGCACCUAGUAUGGCCCCCAAACAGGAUGUGCCCCAUUGCUUUCAGGAAGAAGCUUCGCAGUCUCCACCAACAUCAGCUGGACAACUACCCUUCCAGCAAACACAGGGAUAUUCUAAUUUGAGCAGCAACAUGUGUAGCCCGCAACCUGCCCAGAUUCAGCAAAGGUACGUACCCUACAGUCAGCAGUUGGCGUCCCAUGCAGGAGUUGAUCAGAGAGGCUGCCAUCUUCCAACUCAACCUCAAAGGGAUUUUCAGAAGCAUGCUGCUCUCAGGUGCCACAUCUUAAACAGGCAAGAACAACAAAACAAAUCUGACACCUGUCACGGUGUGGGACACAAGCCUAUUAAAGCUGAAGCUGGCUCCAAGUUGAAUGCCUGCACCCCUGCAUCAGCUGGGCAGCUGGAGAACAAAGCGUGGAAAAAAACAAUUAAACAAGAGAUUCAGCACUUUGGCUGUGAGAGCAUGCAACAAAAGAGUAUAAUUGAAACCAUGGAGCAGCAGCUGAAACAGUUUCAGGUCAGAACGCCCUUUGAUCACAAGUCCCUUACUAUCAAAUCGCCGAAGCAUGUGAAAGUUGAAACUGUGGGACCCAUCACUAUUCUGUCAAGGAAUUCUGCCGCUGCAGAUUUCAACAGCCACGCAGCCUCUUUAGAUCAACAGCCCAUUCAUUCCAGUGAAAAAACACCAACCAAAAGAACGGCUGCUGGAACAGCUCUCAAUCAUUUUUUAGAGUCACCUUCCAAGUUAUUAGAUACUCCUGUGAAAAACCUACUGGACACACCUAUCAAAACUCAGUACGAUUUCCCAUCAUGUAGCUGUGUUGAACAGAUUAUCGAAAAAGACGAAGGCCCUUUCUACACCCAUCUUGGAGCCGGCCCUAAUGUGGCUGCUAUUAGAGAAAUAAUGGAAGAACGUUAUGGACAGAAAGGCAAAGCCAUAAGGAUAGAGCGGGUUGUCUAUACGGGGAAAGAAGGCAAAAGUGCCCAAGGAUGUCCUAUAGCUAAAUGGGUGAUUCGUAGAAGUAGCACUGAAGAAAAACUCCUUUGCUUGGUACGGGAACGUGCAGGCCACAGCUGUGAAGCAGCAGUGAUAGUAGUGCUUAUCUUGGUGUGGGAAGGAAUUUCUCGGAGCCUAGCAGACAAGCUGUAUUCUGAACUCUCCGAAACUUUAAGGAAGUAUGGCACGCUAACAAACCGUCGCUGUGCUCUAAAUGAAGAGCGAACUUGCGCAUGCCAAGGCCUGGACCCCGAGAGUUGUGGCGCAUCUUUUUCCUUCGGCUGCUCAUGGAGUAUGUACUACAAUGGGUGCAAGUUUGCCAGAAGCAAGAUCCCCAGGAAGUUUAAACUAUUGGGGGAUGAUCCAAGAGAGGAAGAAAAGCUGGAGUCCAAUUUGCAAUCUCUCUCGACUCUGAUGGCCCCCACUUACAAGAAAAUGGCACCUGAUGCGUAUAACAACCAGAUUGAAUAUGAACACAGAGCACCCGAGUGCCGUCUGGGUUUAAAAGAAGGUCGUCCGUUCUCAGGGGUCACUGCCUGCCUGGAUUUCUGUGCUCAUGCUCACAGGGACUUGCACAAUAUGCAGAAUGGCAGCACACUGGUCUGUACGCUCACCAGAGAAGACAAUCGUGAAAUUGGCCAGACGCCCGAAGAUGAGCAACUGCACGUCCUCCCUUUGUACAAAGUCUCCAAUGUGGACGAGUUCGGAAGUGCAGAAGGUCAGGAAGAGAAAAAACGGAACGGCAGCAUCCAGGUCCUUAGCUCCUUCCGGAGAAAAGUUAGGAUGCUUUCUGAGCCAGUUAAGACUUGCCGGCAAAAAAAGUUGGAAGCUAAGAAAGCAGCCACUGAGAAGCUUGCUGCUAUGGAAAAUGGGUCCAGCAAACACGAGAGAGAGAAGUCGACCGCAGCACGCCAAAAGCAGGCCAUCUCAGAGGCGUCAGGUCAUGCAAAGCAGUUAGCAGAUCUGUUACGUCUUUCAGGACCAGCCAUGUCACAGCAGAAGCUCUACCAACAUCCACAUCAUGCCCUCCCUACUAAACCUCAGUCAAACCACAUCAAUUCAUACACUGCUUCAGGUCCCACAAACCUCUACAUGGGUUUGCCAAAUCCAGCCAAUUCAUAUCCAAACUCUUCACAUGCCUCAGAUCCUUAUGCUGGGUCCAGCCCCAUGAAUAUCUACCCAACGUCUUCACAACCUGCAGGAGCCUAUUUGAAUUCUCCUGGUCUCAUGAAUCCCUAUUCUGUACACUUGGGUCAAAAUAACCAAUAUCCCCAUUAUCAAUGCAAUGGAAACUUGCCUCUGGAGAACUGUUCCUCCUACUACAACUCCUAUCCGUCUCAACCUCAGCAUAUGGACUUGUUUAGGUAUCAGAGCCAAGACUCUCUAUCUAAGCUAAGUCUACCUCCAAUUCAUACAUUAUAUCAGCAUAGGUUUGGAAGCAACCAGAACUUUGGGCCCAGGUACUUGAAUUACGGAAACCAAAAUGUGCAGGUAGAUGCGAUCAACAGUUGCACAAUUAGACCAAAUAUUCAGCAUGCAGGUUCCUUCCCUCCUUACCCCACACAUGAGGCUGAUGGUCCUUUUAUGGACAUCGCCUCUAGACUGAAAUCAAAUCUAAAUAAUCCAAGUGUGGACUACAUGAAUAAAAAUGGCGACCAUCUCUACCCCCCUCCGCACUUAACGCAUGACUACCACCCUGCCGCGGGUCUGUUCAGUGGCCCUGCUCAUCCACUCCACCUCCAGAACAAGCAUAACCAAAAUGGGUUGUCAAACAUGCUUCCAGGUCUUAACCACAAUCGGACUGCUUCCCAGGAAGGCGCAAACAAAACUGAGGUGCUCCAGCCAGAAGAUCCCGACGAUGUCUGGUCAGACAAUGAGCAGAGCUUUCUGGAUCCAGAUAUAGGUGGUGUGGCGGUCGCCCCGUCGCACGGAUCAAUUCUCAUAGAGUGCGCAAAACGUGAGCUCCACGCGACGACCCCGCUGAAGAACCCCAACAGGAACCACCCCACAAGGAUAUCGCUCGUCUUCUACCAGCACAAAAGCAUGAACGAGCCAAAGCACGGCCUCGCUUUGUGGGAGGCAAAGAUGGCAGAGAAGGCGAGGGAGAAAGAGGAGGACUGCGAAAAGUACGGUCCGGAUUAUGUGCCUCAGAAAGUGCAUGGCAAAAAGGUGAAGCGGGAGCCUGCUGAACUGAAUGAGAAUUUGGAGCCAGCCUACAUGCGUUUCAUCAGGUCUCUUGCACAAAGGACUAUGUCCCUCACCACAAACUCCACAGUUACCACAUCUCCAUAUGCCUUUACACGGGUUACAGGGCCUUACAACAGAUAUAUAUAAACAUCAGAUCUUCGUUCAUUACCUCAUCUGUUUUUUUGGUGUUUUUUUUAUGUUGGUAGGUAGUCAUUCUUUUUAGGCUGGAGACAAGGGAAUAGGGAAAGAGACAGUAUUUUUUCCCCUUUUCUUUUUAACUUGUCAAUGGGAAAACCUCCUUGUACCAGCAAAAGAGGUAACAUUGCCACCACAUUCAUUUGGUAACUGGUCACAGGUAACAUGUUAACAACUAAAAACCAAAGCACCCUAUGCAAAUUUAACAUUGAAAUACUGGCUUGACUACUUACUGGAAGACAGAGAAUCUGUAUGCUUAACCUUUAAAUUUUUUUACAUCUGUGACCAUUUAAAUGAAAGCAAGUUAAUUAAGAGAAGUAAAAAUAUUGUAGUAUUUCAGUAGCAAAAAUUUUAAAUUACCAACUGGUGCUGAAUCUAUGAUGUGCUGAAAUACUGGAAAUGCAGCUUUUUAACAUGCAGGGGUUUGUUUGUUGCUGUAAUCUUAAUCUUGACUUGAUUUUUAUUAAUCAGGAUAGUGACAUAUAUUACACAAAGAAUACGAAGCAAAACACUGAAUUUGUUUGGCUAUUCUAAAACAUGGUGCUAUGUAUAAGAAUGGUGUCUAAUGCAGCAGCUGAACAGUUUCAAUGCCUUUUAUAACCAUGAAAACGUUAAAAAAAAGUAUGCUGUGCUCUCCUUAAACGGCAAACAGGACCUUUUUAUUUUUGUGUUUGUAUCCAAAUUGUAUUUGUUUGUAAUCUGGUGCUUAAAAGAAAAGGAAAAAAACACCCAGUUUUUAAAAUAUGGGAAUUGUGCUCAGGCAGGACCAAGAUCCAACAAAGCUUAUAUAUGGUGUGGAGCUCCCUGGAGCUUUUCAUUAUGGUUGGUCGCAUGGGCAAAGAAGCAAAAGCAACAUUCUAAACUGAACAGCAGCCUGCCUUUUCAGCAAUGGAAGUUUCAAAGACAGCAUCCAGACAGCAGCCUGUUUGAGACAUAACACUAAGACAUUGUUUACUGUACAUGAAUGAGCAGAAUCAAGCCUUGGGUUUGCAUGCUCUCCUCCUCCAUGGGUGUAGCCAGGGGGGCAGCUGCCCCCCCAGUCAAGUACAGUGGUACUUUGGUUGUCAAACUGAAUCUGUUCUGGGAGUCCCUUCAACUCCCAGAAUGGUUCAAAAACCAAGGCGUGGCUUCCGAUCAGCCCCAGGAGCUUCCUACAGCCAAUCGGAAGCCGCAGAAGCCCCGUCAGACAUUUGGCUUCCAAAAAACGUUCGCAAACCGAAACACUCACUUCUGGGUUUGCGGCGUUCAGGAGCCACAAUGUCUGAGUACCAAGGCAUUCGACAACCAAGGUACGACUGCCAAUAAUACUUAACUCAAAGUAGAAAGAAUCAGAAUAUUUGAAAUUGAAAUGCUCACCAAGGUGCCACUAUCUCCCUCCCUAGCGAGCAUUUCCCUAGAAAAAGUCAGUGCCUGCUUUUGUUACAGUUAUGCAUGUGUAGUGUAUCAUAUCGUCCUUCAUUGAAAUGUGUGAGCCAUUCUCUGCAGAACAUCAGAAUUUAGGAUCCUACUGCAGUGUGUCUAACUGGCCAUCUCUCUUGCUCAUCUAUGUACCCCUUGUACCAUAGAGAGGAAAGUAAAGACCUGGCUAAUGUCGACAAGGACAGGGAAGCAUUUCAAUUGGCCACGCUUACUGUGUGAAAAAGGAGGGAUUUGAGAAGGGAGUGCUGAAUGGAUUUUCAGCAAAUCCUAGAAAACUUCUUUGAGUUUAGAUUUUUUU